UUGGUAGUGAUGCAGAGGGAGGCAGGGAGAGAGGACCCUCUGUCAGAUAUGGUGGAGAUGCUGCAGUUGUAUGGAACUCCAGAGAAGAGUCCAGACAGUGUGGCUGAGUAAUAUCCGGUCCUCGGGAUCUAGAACUGGAUAGUGUACUGGAGUCAGCGGAUACACUGAUGGAGAAGCUUUCACUGAUCCACUAAGUCCUCCAUCUAUUUGCUGG